UCUUCCCUCCCUUCCCCUCUCGCCACCGUCCUACGCCAUGAACGACAAUGACGCCCUCCCUUCGCUUCCUACUGAAAUCCUCUCCGCCUGGGCUGCAUGGCGGCCCACAAAACAGGAGCCCCUCACCCCCCCACUCACCGCCAACAUCUCGCGCCGCACACGGAGGUCAAAACCGCAGGCCACCACCCUCCCGCCCAUCGCAGACCUCCACCUGCCGCCAAUUAACGCGCAUGCAGACGCUUCCUCCUAUCCUUACAUGCCUCCUGUCAUUCCUUCGUCGCGCUCUCCGCCGUAUCAACACGCCGACGCGUCGUACGCAAAGCCGGCCACGCCUUCACCAACGCCCUCACCACGCAUCUCCGAUUGGUUCUCGGAGUCCCAGAACUGGUCGUCCCAUUUCUUGGCAGAGAAGAUGUGCGAGAUGAUCUGUUACGUCUGGUUCUCGAAAGCGUCCGACGCCUCUCCGCACUCGUCACAUCCUAACCACUCCCCACCGCUGUCCUACUUUCCACAUCGCAAUUCGAAAACAGCAUAUCUCCAAUUCUCUGUCUCUUCUGUCUUCGUCCACUUCAUUCAAAAGUUACUCGAGACGACGCAAGUCAGUCAGUCGGUCAUCGUCCUCGCCCUACACUAUAUCUACCGCCUCAAGGCGCGUAAUAGCGUCACAAUACCUCACCCGGGCAGUGAGUUUCGCGUCGCGGUCGCUGGCCUCAUGAUGGCAAAUAAAUUUGUAGAUGACAAUACAUACACGAACAAGACAUGGUCUGAGGUAUCGGGCAUCGAGUUGACGGAGGUGAACAAGAUGGAAAGGGAGUUCUUGUUGGGCAUUGAUUUUGGGCUCUACGUUGACAAGCAGAUAUUCGAUUCGUGGUUAAACUUGCUGAAGGGUUUGGUCAUGGCGAAGGAGAAGGACAGUCGGUUUUGGCGAAGGUUGCGACAAGGUCCGCGCAUGGUGACCUCGAAGCCGCCUAUGCCAUUAUCCGCCAUGAACAGACAUUGGUCGACUCGCGCGCGCUCGACAUCUCCUGUUCAAUCAUCACGCCGACCAUAUCCCACCUCAUUCGAUUCGAACGCAUCACAGGCUUACCACUCGCCGAUUUACAUGGACUCCGAUUCACCUCUGCGUGUCAAUCCGAAGCGCACCGCUGUCGACGCUUUCUCUCCUACUUCUGCCGCAUUCGACAUUCGCCCAUGCAAGCGCCCAUCAGGCUUGUCUCUGGACAUUCCGAAUACGGUGGUUGGGGGCAGUGCACACGCCCCGUCACCUCUCGAGUCGCUCCAGUUCGCGAAGCUCUCGCUUGGGGCGUCUCCUGUGAAGCACAGCACUGGUGAAUUCGGAGGAGUACAGCAUUCAAGACAGGUCUCGCCUCCAACGCUCGUCGCUGCGUAUCGCCUCGAUCCGACAAAACCACGACCGUUGCCCCAGAACUUGUACUUUUAUUCUCUCGCGUGCUCUCCGUUGGCCGAAGACAGUCGGACACGAAAAGCCCGACUCCGAUACCAUCAGCCGCCACCGCCCCCAUAUGCGCCGUUGGGCCAGUCAUACUCGACACAAGCUUCUACAUAUGUCGUUCAGUCUGCGUCCACGAGCCCUCACGACAUGUACACGACUCUCCCGCCUGUUUUCUAUUCACAUGAUGGUCCAUGGUCUCAUCAUAAUUCCUUCGCACCGGUCCACUCGCAAUCGUAUGGAAUCCCAGCUCCUGCUGCCGAUCAUCAUGAAAUGGUGGACAGUUCUGUACCCUCGGCACCCUUUGCGAACGCGGGACCACCCGGCGUGCAGUUCUAUCCCCCUCCUAAGCCACCACAGCCUUCGUCCGAUUACUACUGGCGCCGUGGCCGCCGCCUAUAAUUAUUGUGUAUAUCAUGUGCUCGGGCUGUCUUUGCAUUGUCUCUCUAUUUGGGUUUCUUUACGCUAUGGGUCGAACUUUCCUGCCCUCUUCUGCAUCUCAGCAUUGCCUAAUCUUAUAGUGUAUCACACAUCACGCAUCCAUAGUUCGGCAUUUGGACUUAUUCAUCCGGUACACUCGCAUCGUCAUUAGAAGUUAACAUCUGUAUCAAUCUUUUCACACUUCCCCAUCCUACGUUGAUGUCCACUGCCACGUACUGUUCGGUUGGGGUAUCGCGCGUCAAGUUCGCUUCAGCGUUCCACCCCAUGUUCCGGCUGCCAAAAUAUAACAUCAUAUGCAGC